CCUCAUUGGCUGGUGUGACCCCUGCCGGCCCGCCACCUCCCAAGGUGGGCCCCGAUUGGCUGGACCUGCCCUGGCGAAGCAAUCGGCACCCUCAGCUGAAGAGCUAAGCCCCGCAGUUUCCUCCCCCAUCCCCCCUACGUCACUGUUCAUUUCUUUGAUGUGAACUGUGAUUCCCUCCGUCCUGUUUGCUUUAGAGUACUAUGGCAAUGCAUGAUAUGAGUCGUGCCAAGGGUUUCCCCUGUAAAGAGUGUGAUAUGGUUUGUCCGAGUACUCCAAGUCUUCUAGAACAUAUGAAAGCACAUUAUCAGCAAGAAGAAAACGGACGUUUUGAGUGUGAACAGUGUGGGCGAGUUUACAAGCACGCAGCUAGCCUAGCCAACCAUAAAAAAUCUCACGAAGUGGGUUCAUUCCAGUGUCCAGUUUGUACGCGUACGCUGCCCAACGCGGUAGCUUUGAAAAACCACCUACGUAUCCAUACUUUGUCCCCCAGUAGUGCACACGCAGAAGAAGAGAGUGAAGAAGUUCCCGAAGAAACGGGCCACGACGAGAGGGACUACGGUCUCGCCCAAGACCUCUCAGACGGGUUUGGGCGCUCACAUUUGAACAAUAGUGGUAUGGGACAUAGUGUCCUACAAGGCCACGAGACGGACAACCACGGUAAAAAAGGUUCUCCCGAGCACGACAACGCUUGGGACCGACCAUUCAAGUGUGAUCAGUGCGAGAGAACCUACCGGCAUCACGGUAGCCUGGUGAACCACAAGAAGUGUCAUCAGCAAGGAACUUUUAAGUGCUCUGUGUGUUUUAAACAAUUUAGCAACCUGGCUGCCCUAAACAGCCACGAGAGAACUCAUUCGAAGUUCAAGACCCCUGGAGCCUCAAUGGUGAGCAGCAGCAGCAGCCUCCACGACUCACGCAGCAGUGGCACCCAGUCGUCUCAGAGCAACGACACUGCCUCGUGCUUUUGCCACCUGUGCCAGAUAGCGCUGCCAAAUAAGACAGACUUUCAGGAGCACAUACUGCUACACAACGCAGCCUCGCCCUCCCUUGGUCUGCCGCGCAAUUUCCCAGGAAUCAUGGCCCACAAUCUGAGUGCUGUUCGAUCCCCAGCAUACACCCCUGCGCUGGGUGACCCUCUGCCCCUGCCACCCCUGCCCACUGACAAAAGAGGCCCCUAUGACCCCAUUAUGGGCCCUCCAGUCAACAAUCCCAUCUACACAUGCGCAUAUUGUGGCGCAGGACAUCCAGAUCUGGAGACCUUAAAAGUCCACUAUCUGACCCAUGACCCUAACCCUGCCUCUCACGGCCAGGAAAGCUCCAUUCUCAGCUCUGGAUCGCAGGGCUCAGUGUCCUCUCCCUCCGGAGGCCGUGUGCCCCAGGCCAAUUCUCCAGAUAAUGGAGAGCGACGCUUCAAGUGUGGAGAGUGUGGCAAAAGCUACCGGCACGCAGGAAGCUUGGUCAACCACAAGCGCUGCCAUCAGACAGGCCACUACCAAUGCACAAUCUGCUGUAAGCAGUACCCCCACCUGGCAGCGCUACACAGCCACCUACGAAGCCACAAGGGGCGUUCUGGCAACACGUCUUUAAAUAAUGACGGCAGUGACUGGCUGUCUCCAGAGCCGCUAACCCUGGACUCCCAGCAGAGCUACGUCCAGGAAGGCAGCGGCGCCACCACUCCAAUUUCCCUGCCAGGGAAUCUUGGUGAUGCGGCCCACUUUGUACAAGAUGGUGGCCAUAGCAGUGGGUUGGACUCUCUUGAGUUUCACGAUCGCUUUGAUGGUAGCUCACUUUCCCAGAGCAACUCUGCUCACCGUCAGGCUGACAGACAUGUGUGCGCCGACUGCGGCGAGAUGUAUGGAGAUGUAUCUGGCAUCAAGUCGCACAUGUGCCCUCGUCGUGGCCAGCAGCCUCAACAGCAGCAAGGGAACAUGUCUAACGGUUUCAUGGGAAACAUGAACUACGACAGCUCCAGUGCAACCUCGCUGCCUGCUGGAAGCUCCAGCAGCCUGAAAGAAGGCAGCAGCCAGCGGCAAUAUUCCCAGAGUGGAGGCAAGAGAAUGGGAAGCAAUGACAAAGAUGAUGACGAUGAUGGAGAAGUGUAUCAGUGUUCGGUGUGUGGCAAUCACUACGCCAGCCUCCGAGCCCUCAGGAGCCACCUGCGUAGCCAUGCGAAUAACCCAACAGGGCCCGGCCCUUCCUCCCUGGAGCAGGAGUGGAGGAUGAUCUGCUCCACCUGUGGCCAGAGCUUCUCAAGGAAGCAAGACCUCCUAAAUCACCAGUUAGUCCAUGGCCCCCAAAGGCCUGAUGGCCAGCAACAGAGUAUUGUAGGCAGCUCGGCUAAUGGCAAUGACAAGAUGGACGGACGCAACCAUAUUUGUGUUGACUGUGGCAUGUUUUUUGCCGACCGCCACCACCUGAUCACACACCUGUGUCCUGGUAAGAAUAGGUCGAGCUCCCUGAGCAAGCAGGGUCUGAAUGGAGCCAAAGGGAUGUCCGGAGGAGAAGGUGUCGCUGGUGGGGGGGUUGCUGGUGGAAGCCGUGAGGUUGGUGGCGAUGGACGUAGGCCUAUGGUGGACCAAAGUGACAAGCCCCAUAAGUGCGACCAAUGCGGGCGAGGAUACAGACACCCCUGCUCACUCCUUAACCACAAGAAGUCACACAAGACGGGGGUUUUCCGCUGCUUGGUGUGCCAGAAACGCUACUACAAUCUGCUGGCUCUCAAGAAUCACCAAAGGACCCACUUUGAUCUAAAGAGGCACAAGUGUGAAGAAUGUGGAAAGGCUUUCAAGAUCCAAAAGCAGCUGAUCAACCACCUUCGUCUCCACGAGGAGCACCGAGCCAAAGGUCUUGUUCGGACUGGACCCAACAGUUCUCGCUUCCAGCAGCCUGGGACAUCUCAAAUGCAGAAUAUGAGAGGAGAAUCAUCGAAGGCCCAGCCGAUGGGCGUGAAAUAUAGCCAGCAAGGGUUCAAGAAACCCUACUCUUCAGCUGGAACUUCAAGGCCCCAGAAGUUUGAUCCAUCUGAGACUGGACGUCGGCCUUUUUCAUGCGAAGAAUGUGGCAAGACAUACCGACAUGCAGGCAGCCUGGCCAAUCACAAAAACCUUCACAAAAUUGGGGAGUACCACUGCAACGUUUGCAACUCCACAUACCCCAACAGGCUGGCAAUGAAAAACCAUCUACGUCUCCACUUUGCCCAGAAGAAGCACAACUGCCAAGAGUGCGGCAAGGGCUUCCGUACCCAGAGGCAGCUAGCUACCCACACUACAGCUGGCCUGUGCAAAGGACCGCAGGGCCCCGGGGUCCAGAUGGAUUUUGAGUGCGAUGGCUGCUGCGAAGGCUUUGCCACGGCCGAUGAGCUUGCAGCCCACGACUGCCCGGCCCAGCACCUGCCUUCAUCCUCCUCAAGCAACACCCCCAAUAUCAGCUUGGAGAGAAGUUCUGUGGACCUGGACUCUGACGAGAGACCCUACGCCUGUGACCUGUGCAGCUGUGCCUACAAACAUGCAAGCUCAUUGCUGAACCACAAGCACACCCACAAGACAGGCAACUUCCGUUGCAAUUUCUGCGACAAGCCCUACACCAACUAUAUGGCCCUGCGCAACCAUAUGCGCAUCCACACGCAGCGGAAGAAGCACAUCUGCCACACGUGUGGGAAAGCCUUCCGGCUUGCCAGGUUCCUCCGAAACCACCAGAAGGUCCACGAGGAGGGUGCUACCCCCUUUGGCUGCCCCACCUGUGGGAAGAGUUUCCAGGGGAGAUCCGGCCUGGCCAGGCACCGCUGCGGGGACAACCAGGUAGGCAUGGAAAUCAGGAAGAAGGCCACUGCGACCCCGGGAGAGGGCGAGGAGUGUCGGUACACGUGUGAUCAAUGCGGACGCUCCUACCGCCACGCCAGCUCCCUCCUCAACCACAAGAACACCCACACAGUCGGCAUCUAUCACUGCGCCGUGUGCCUCAAGACCUACUCCAACCUGCUUGCCCUGAAGAACCACCGUCGUAUCCACUCGGAGAUACGGCGCCACCAAUGCCACGACUGCGGAAAGGCAUUCCGCGUUUCCUCCCAGCUCCACAACCAUCGACGCGUCCACCAAAAGCAGCGGGAGCUCACCUGCCGGUCCUGCCAAAGAUCCUUCCCCACGCAGGCCAGCUUCAGCCUCCACAUGGAGAUCACCCAUGGCCAGACGCCUCAGCCCAGACCCCAGCAGCCUCGGCCGGGGGGCUCCAAGGAGCUGGGCUGGGGGUCAGGCCUGGACCUCACUUUGAUGCAAGAGCAAGGACUGCACCCUGGCAGCAUUGCCAAAGCCCGCAGCCGUGGUGGUCACAGCGAGGUCCUCAAACCCCACGUCUGCGAUCAGUGUGGCCGCUCUUACCGCCACGCCAGCUCCCUACUCAACCACAAGAACAGUCACAAGACUGGGACCUACUUCUGCAACUCCUGCCAGAAAGAGUUCCCCAACCUGAUGUCCCUCAAGAACCACCGCCGGAUCCACACAGAGCCCAAACGCUACCAGUGUCCCGACUGCGGGAAGUCCUUCCGUGUCUCCACCCAACUCAUCUGCCACCGCCGCAUCCACACCAAGGAGAAGCCGUUCUCCUGCCAGCAGUGCGACAAGCACUUCUCCUCCAAGUCCAACCUGCGGCACCACAUGAAGGUGCACUGGAACGGAUCCACGGCGCCCCCUCCCAUGGCCAUGGGUGCGCCCAACUUCCUGGGUAUGCCCGGCGGCCCCUUCAUAUAAUAUGGGAUCAGGGAAGGAUGGGAGUCAGGGCGGGCGGGGAUGGGGUAGCGGGUGCUUUGAAGUCACAUGCCAAGGUUUUUUCCAUGUGCGGCCGUAGUGUGUGUGUGUGCGUGUGUGUGUGUGUGUGAAGGACAGGUCCUGCAUGACUGAACAUACACGUAAAGCAGAGCGCAAAAUGGACGCUUGUGCGCACACACACAGAACUCAAAACGGAGGACAUGCACACACUCGUUUCUAACCUUUCUUGCGCCAAUGCUUCCUUGGGGGAUGCUCCGACAAGGCCCUGUUUGUAGAACUGUCCCACGCAGACUGACAGACAGACAGACAUGAUGUAGUUUCAUAGACUUUACUACACCUGCCUUACUCCCGCCUGCAUGUUGCCCCAUACUGCCUGGGGAGGGGUUUAACCUUUCUCCGGAGCACCUGCAGGGACUUUUCUGAAAGCCCAGCUCGUAGAGACUGACGAGUCCUGUGGUUGUGACUGUUGAGGAAGUCUGAUGGGUGCUCAUUUCAACCCCAGGAGCUCAUUGGUCCUGUGUUUGCAGUUUCUCUGUUUCCCGCCUCCAUCCCUGUUCUGACGAUGUUCAUAGUAAGUUUUGCGUGGCCUUUGUCACAGCGUUUUUAAAACCAUAUUCAGACAGAGUCUGUCCACACAGUGUUUUUAUUUAAGACCAACAUGUAGGUAAAGUGGAGACUUUUGGUUUGUUUUUUCCUUUUUUUUGUACCUGGAUGGUUUUGACGAGAGGAAACAAUGACUUGUGGGAGCUUUUAGGACCAGUAGAUUGAAUGGUUGGGUUUAAACGUGUGUUUUUGUGUGUGUUUAGCACCAAGAUGAGCUUCUUAACUUUGUAACUUCCUAAAGCCUUGUUCCCACUAACAGAUCCAGCAGCAGCAGUGUGUCACACCUUUUUAGUCUAAAACCCGCAGGCGUGUUCAGCGGUAAACGGGUCAUUUUAAAAAUACUAUGUCAAUAGCACACAAGAUUAUUUCCUGUCCAACACAUUUUCAUUAUUGUCAAUUUUGUUGGAAAGUAAAGUUUUACAGAUGUUUUUUUUUUUUUAAAUCAAAUCUAUUUGAUUUGAAAGCCCUAUUGAAGAGGAAGGGUGACUUGGUUGAAAGCCCCAGAAAAGGGCUAGUAAGCCCACCCCUAAGUGGGGAUAUAUUUGCCCAAAUCUUUUGAAGUUCAAGAAUAAACACUGAGGCGUGAUUGGGUUGGUUUGUUCACUUAUGGUUUGCUUGUUAAAGUUUAAUCGUAGAGAACUGUCAAACUGUUAACCAACGAUUGAUUUGUUUUAUACCUCGGAAAAUGUCGGAAAACUCUUAUGGCUUGGACAAAACAAUCCAGUCCAUCUGCUUUUGGCGUUAAGAAAGUAAGUGGACCCUGAGUUUGGAUAGUUUCAGGAAUGCAUUUUAAGUCCUUGUUAGAUCUACAUUUACGAACAAAUGUUAACGUUUAACGUGUAAUUUUAUUUUUAUCGUAUUGGUUCUCUAGUGUUGCCUUCAACUACAAAGUUCAUUAGAGCUACGAGUUUCUGCUUGGUAAAUGAGGUUUCAAUUAUGCGGAACAAAAAUUAAUACAAUUAUUUAAGACCCAACAAAAGAUAGAAGAACAAUAUUUUGGCUGUUUUUUUUUUUUUUUACAAGCAAAUAUUAUCAGCCCACACGUUUUUUUCUUUCAAUUUUGCAUUAAAACUAAAAUGAUCGCGUUUCUUACCUCACGCUCGCUGUGUGUGAAUCUGUGUGUGAACGUGGCUGCAGGUUUACAGAACAAAGGAAAGAAAGUAAAACACACAAAUUGACGGUGUAUAUUGUCGGGCCUGUAUUGUAAUCGUACUUUCUGUAUUAUCUGCGGGAACUCUUUUGUAAGAAGGAAAAAGACGACAGAUCAUUGUAAUAAUGCAUUUAUUUAUAUUAUUAUUAUUAACACUUGUAAUGGACAGCGCUAGUCUUUAGGAUGUGUGAGUUUAGAGCUUUGUUGAUGUAAACCCCCCCCCCCCCAUCUCUCUUACCCACAAUCCCCUCUGUUCAGUGGAGAAGAUUUAAACACUAUGUAAACAAUGGAAAGUGUUUUCUUGCCUUUUACCAAGUGAUGUUGUGACGGUGGAGACUUCCCAUCAUCCAUCUCUUCCAUAUUUAUCUCUCCCCCUCCACCUACUUCCUGUUUCACAAAAAUCAACUCACAUGGCAAAGGGACGCCUUAGUGAUUCUCCUCCAUCAUUUGAACCUUUUUUAUGGUAACCUCUUGUAUUUAUUGGUGUUUUUAUUUUAUUUUUCUCCUUUUUGUAUUUAAUUGCAUUAUUUGGAAAGCCUCUGUGUGCGUUUUUUUUUUAAAGAACACAACUUGUCAGCGUAUUCAGGAGCACUGGUGCUAGUUAAAAAAAAAAAAAAAA